UAUACUGUAUGAACUGUUCUCUUCUCUCUCUGUCUCCACAGCAUCACAGACCAACAACACAGACUUUUCCUCAAGACCUCUACGCUGUGCUGAGAGAGAUGACCCAUUCAUUGUGUCAACUGAAGGAGGACAUGGAGCUCUUGCAAAGAGAGACUAAAGAACAAGUAACACAGCUGAAGGAUGAAGUGGACAAGCUGAAGCAACAAUUGCAAGUCCGACAGGUUGCGUUCUCAGCCGCUCUGACGGCUGGAGGUCAAAUAGUAACUCUUGGACCGUUUCCCGAGGACACUACCCUGGUCUACAAACACGUCCCCACCAACAUUGGAAAUGCCUACAACUCAAACACAGGUGUGUUCACUGCCCCGGUGAGAGGAGUGUAUUACUUUGAGUGGACGAUCGGUACAUAUGGACGCGGCAACCACGGUGCAGGGGCUUGGUUGGUCAAGAACUCUGAGAAUGUUUUCAUGGCAUGGGAGAGACAGGAGCGUGGUUUUAUGAGUGCUUCUAAAGCCGUUGCACUGUUGCUGGAGGUGGGAGACGUUGUGUGUGUGCGUCUGGUGGCUAACGGUAGCAAUAUGGCGUACGACGAUGGAAGUAACCACACCACCUUCAGUGGGCAUCUGCUGUUCCCCAUGUAAGACAGAAACAGCAGCGCUGUGGUAAUCACGCAGGUUUUGGUUGUCUUAAACAAGUCUUCAUAGCACUUCAUAGAUUUGAUCUGAUUUUCAUAAUUCAUAAUUGUCGACAGGAGUCUUUUUUUUCCUUCAAAUAUAAAAUGGUUACUGUUUCUGAGUCAUUUUAAUCAAAUAAUAAACAUAUAUCAUUGCAA